AGAGUUUAAUGCGAUUAAGUAUUGAAUCCCAUAAGUUUUUUUUGGACAGAUUUGUCCUAGCAUCCUGAGCUUUUGGCUUAAAGCCUUAAACUGUUCAUGCCCUGUAAUUGAAUUGCCUUUUUUCGUUGGUUUGUUCGUCAAUUAACGCGCGAAAUAAACAGCAAAAAGAUAAUUUCUUGAGUAGCUUAACGUUAAUACUCUCCAUAACUGGUGGAGAAGCUUAAUUGUUCGUUAAGUUUAUAUGUUUUUGGACCAAAAUCAUACUUAAUGCUGUAUACUUAGCUGUUGUAAUUUUACCAAUGUGGGUCCUAUAUGACAAUUGAUGCUGGCAGGGUAAGUUUGGGGUGACACUUUUUCUCCUUGGAGGAGUAAGCAAAUAAUUGACAAAUACUUGGGAUCAAUAGCUGUUGGCUUGUUCUUAAAAUUCAUUAUAACGCCUGUGGUUCUUGUAGCUUAGGACUUUCAUGGGAAAAGGAUUGAGACUGAGGUUUUGCAAAAGCAUUCUCGUGAAAGAUACAAUGAAUUUUGCAAGUUUGAUUGGCAGAUACACAUGUAUGGACCACCUGAUUUUCUAUAGUCCAUAUAUUGUGGUACUUUGUGAAGCCUAAAAAUUAUAGGAGAGGAACAGAGUGUUGGUUUAGCAAUCUUCCUGUGGAUUGGAGUAGUGUGCGGAUCUAUCCCACUUUGCAGUGUGUUAAUUUCAGUUCACAAACUAUUGAAUCUGUGUCUUUUUACAUCCUUGGGUGCUCUUCUAUGCCUCGUGUACCUUUUAAUAUGCAAUUUCUUUCUGAAAAUGUCUUGAGGUGGAUUUGUGCAGUUGCUUAUCAAAAUAUUGAAGGAGAGGAUUUGAAGCACACUUGCACAGAACUUUUAGAUGAUUGCUACAGAUACAGAAAAAUUCUAUACAGAGGUGCAGGAGACUAUACUUGCAAGAUACAACAAGACUUUUGAUUGGUCUUUGAAGGCAAAAAUGAUGGGUAAGAAGGCAAUUGAAGCUGCUCGAGUAUUUGUUGAAGAGACUGGUAUUAACGAUAAGCUGACAGCUGAAGAUUUCCUUGUGCAAAGAGAGGAUAUGCUGCGGGACAUGUUUCCAACUAGCGAACUCAUGCCAGGAGCCAGCCGCUUGAUUAGGCACCUCCAUGCAAAUGGAGUACCAAUAUGUGUUGCAACAGGUUCUCACAGACGGCAUUUUGAGUUGAAAACACGAAGGCAUGGUGAACUUUUUUCACUGAUGCAUCAUAUUGUUCUUGGUGACGAUCCUGAAGUAAAACAAGGCAAACCCUCACCUGAUGGAUUCCUUGCUGCAGCUAGAAGAUUUGAGGGCGGACCUAUUGAUCCUCAUAACAUACUCGUCUUUGAAGAUGCUCCUUCUGGUGUCCUUGCAGCUAAAAAUGCUGGGAUGUCUGUUGUUAUGGUUCCUGAUCCUAGGUUGGACAACUCAUAUCAUGAAAUUGCUGAUCAGGUUCUGAGUUCCCUACUGGAUUUCAACCCCAAAGAUUGGGGGCUGCCUCCAUUUGAAAACUGAAGGAUUCACACACUGUCAAGUUGAGCAAUGAUUGAUUGUCAUAGAAAAGAGAAGUUUUUGGUUAUUGGUAUCACUUCUAAUUGCUAUAGGAAUUCUUUUGUGUUUGUGAUGAUCAUGUCAUGAGAAUUAACUAAUGCAGUUGUUGGCGUCUAAAUAUUAUUGAAAAUUUUGCAAUACGUCCAGAUAUUGCAACCACGAGUCUAAAGCAUCUCCAUGUUUAA